AUCAGCUGUGGAAACCGGCGAAACGUUUCCUGCGCCCGUACUAUAUCGAUUAAUGGCUUUUAAAUCUCUCGGCCGUAUACAAAGUAACACCUGGUUGUACUUGAAAUUUUUUGCUUCCUCGCUCGUGAUCUAACCGUCCGUAGAUUCUCUAACGUUUAUUCUCAGUUUUCGUAGUCCUCUCGAAAUGGCUCUCCAUUGGAGCAAUAAAUAUGUAAACAGGCAAGCGUCUAAAUUUACGUUGCCGCUGUGGAUUGGUCAGCUAGACUAGAUUAUAGAAGCUUGUUAAUGGACCUCUUUUUUUCGAACCGCCCUGUAUACGCGGGUUCGCAGCAGGUAGGCCGCUUCUCUAACGCAGUCGGCUCGUUGUCUGGUAGUCUGUGGUAGUCUUGUCUCGUUGCUCGCGCGAGUAUACGCGUUCCUCACGCACGCCUCUUUCAUCCGUCGUUCAGGAAAAUUCGAACAGUGCUAGCUUUAUCGAAUCCAGUGAGAUAGCUGAAAGGCAACCGUAAUCAUGGUGUACAUUUGUUUAUGGGGACUCUGAUCACAAUUUGCAUUUAGCAAAUUUGCCUGUAUCUGUACAUUUUAGUCAUCAACUAACAUUUCAUCAAUCCUUUUAGUUUAAAAUUAAAGUAGCGGUGACUAAAAAAAAAUCAAAUCUUAUUGCAGGAUAUGUGAUUAUAAAUUAUAUGCUAGCAAUGCGAACGAUAUAUAUUUGAAACUGAAAACGUUGUAUUUGUAACAUAUUUAUACAUACGUAAUAAUUUAUUAUUCACAUAUCUGUAAUUCUGCGAACGGUAUGCUUUUCGUAAAUAACUGUAUCUUAUGUGACGAAGGAUGCCGUUGUAUCCACAUGGUAUAUCUCUCACGCUACACACUGAUUAAAGUUCGCACCCUUUUUUAUCACUUUCACUUGAUUGGCUCAGCAGAGCACUACAACACAACGAGACGGUAGGAAGAUUAACGAAUAAUAAGACGUAUGUUUUAUUAUUUUAUGGGGGCAUAAGAGAGGUUCGUCAUUUCUUCAGUCAUCGUAUUUUUUUUCUCUCUUUCGUCUCUUUUUCUCUCUUUCUCUCUUCUACCAUUUCUGUGGCACAUUCGUGAGUAAGUUUCCGCACGACGAUAACGCUGAGAGGUGGUGACGAUAACGUCGAGAGGUGGUGACGAUAAUUACUCCGAGUUGAAGCAGCCUCAUUAAAUUAGUACAUAAUGAAACGGCGUUUGAGAACAGCCCUGUCCGCCGCGUUUCUCGCGCAUUUAAUCGCGGCUGUCGCUCUCGAGAGCGAGCGAGCGGAGGAAGAGCCAGAGAAAUCAUGGAAGGAAACCUUUACCGUUCCUCAUGUUUACCCAGAGAAAACGACCGACAUCGAUGGUGACGGGUCCGGGAAGCCCCGCGUGUCGCUAUGCUGUCGCGUUGGCACUUUCCUCAGGAAAGACGACUGCGUAGAGGACACCAUGAACGGGACGGAAGCGGUGCAGCUGCCGAUGAUCUACGAAACGGAUCUUACACCGACGAACGUCACCGCAAGCGACAAACAUUUUGUUGUUUUAACAUGGAAUCCGUGUCCCGGCAUGAAACGGUAUUCUUUGAAUCCGUACAUGUACGAGGACGAAAAAUGGUAUCUGCUGUCCAACGGCUCCGUAAUGCGACCCUGCGCUGAAGAGCCGGAAGAACGUAUCCUCCAUUACUAUGAAUACUGUCUGGCGCGGGUGAGAAGUUCCGAGCAUUCGGAAUAUCUGGCGUUCUUCUGCGAGGAAGUGUAUCCACUUGAGAAUGACAAGAGUGGCGAAGUUGUAUAUUCCUUUGGGAUGCUUGCAUCCGUCCCGUUCUUGGUCGUCACGUAUGUUGUCUACUGGUUGCUGCCCGACUUGAGGAAUCUGCAUGGGCUGACGUUGCGUGGAUACGUCGGCUGCUUGGCGGUGGCAUACAGCUUGCUGGGAGUGUUGCAGUUGACGCCGCAGGAACAAAUAUCGAACUGCAUCUGCAUCACAAUCGGAUUGAACUUUUUUUUUUACAUUGAAAGAAAGAGAAGAGAUAAACCGUGGAAGAAGUUCAGUCCUGUGGCGUGGAAAAAGCACAAACCUCAAGUUUUUUCAGUCAUCAAUCGUAACGAUUCACUUUGGCUGCUAUGAAGCGGACCGGAAGCUCGUACGUCUUAGACCCAAGAAAGU